AGACUUGCCUGACUUUUAUGCAUGGAUGUAUAAUGUUAAAUUUGACAUAAUCGCUCAUGCGUUAACCAUUUUUUGUAUUAUUAUUAACAAAAUUACAACAAUCUCAAAUAAUGUUUAUUGGUUAUUAAAGUCCGAUGUUUUAUAUGCUUAGAUUUUAUGUUAAUUGUGCAUAGUUUGAUAAACUUAAAGGAAAAGACGUAAAAUUAAAUUGAUGCUUACAUUACUACUGAUAUCUUUAUUUUAAAUGUCCUGUUUUGUUUACAAUCUACAUUUCGUUAUUUUAAGUACACACGUACAUUAAAUAUUUUCAAACACUCUACGUUUAAAAUACACUGCGAUAGUAAUUCAUAAAUUCGAUCUGUACAUAGUAAGAAAUUUUAGGUUAAAUUCAGACAUUAAUAUGGUCAGUGGUUUAAAAUCUGAGUGCUCCUUUUCAUCAUGGUAUCCUCAAUUUAAUAAAAACUCUUUGAAAGCCACUAUUCUUGACAUUCCUAACGAGGUAGUUGAGUAUUUAGAGCAUGAUGCUUUUCUGCUACCUGUUGAAGCAACAAAUGACACAUUAGAAAAUGCAGAGUGGACAGAUGGAUCUCCAGUAGUGAACGAAGAGCAUUCAGUGGAAUCUCAACCAACGUUUCCAGAGUUUAGUCAGAAGAUUCAAGAUGUUUUAGAUAAUUAUGGUUCAAUUUUUGUUAAGAGCAAUUGGAGUUCACCUUCGGAUGCAACUUGGGUUGUACCAACUAAAACUCUCAAAUGCAAAACAUUAGAAGAGGUGUAUUUAUUAUUAAAGAGUUCAGAUAGAAUUAUGAAGGACCUGAAUAGCGUUAGAAAUUAUGCAGAUCAGGAAUCUCCUAUGAAGGCUUGUCUUGUACUAAAGCAAUGGCAAGAUAUCAAUCCUUGUACUGAAUUUCGAUGUUUCGUUAUAGACAAUGAACUUAUAGCAAUCAGUCAACGAGACAUAUCACAGUACCACAGCUACAAUGAGUCAGAGAAGUAUAAUAUACAAAUAGACAUCAAAAGCCUGUUUAUGGAGCGUAUUAAAGACAGGUUUCCAUUAAGCAAUUAUUCGUUCGAUGUUAUACGCUACAAGAAAGACAAAGUAAAGAUAGUCGAUUUUGGUCCGUUAGAUGAAUCCGCUACGAAAGGAACUCUAUUUACGUACGAAGAAUUACAAAACAUAUUAAACGACGCUCCAGAAUUUCGAUUUAUCGGUGAGGAGAUCGGUAUACAACCGAAACCUCCAAAUCACUUUUGCAUUCCGCAAGAAAUAAAUGAAUUUUUCCAGUCGAACGAAAGUUCUACGUUCCUCGAUAUUAUUCAUCGGGAAGUGGAGAGUCAACGAAAAGAAAACGAAAGUACCAGUGCAGAUGCAGCGGAUUAAAUUUGAUGUGUAUACGAUUUUUGUUUACAUAGAUACCUACGAUAUAUAUUUUCCAUGCAUAUAAGAAAAAUAUUUGAGUGGGAAAAAUCUUCUUUUCUCAGGGGGAGAGGGGAAUGUUUUCUUACCUUUGAAUUCCACCAGACGAAUAAAUGAAUAUCAAACGAGCAAAUAAAUAUGCCCUCUGAGAACACGUUUAAAUACAGAACUUUCACUUUUAUUCUGCCAGACCCUCUUCUAUCAUUACAUUACAUAAAACGAUUAAAGGCUAUCCUACCGCUUAAAAGAAUUAUCAUAAUAUUGCAAUAUUUUUUCGAGCCAUCGGCCUUACCGAGCGACGUCCCUUAUAUAGAAAAUAUGUCUUGUUUAUGUACAAUAUGCAAUCCUUAAUACUUCGAUUUGAAAAAGGAUUCUCGAUAUAUGUACCUCCGGACAAGUUAAUACGCUGUACAGUCAUAUCCACGGAGCAUUUCUUCGUCUUUUUCCCUCGCCAUCGAUCAAAAUCAACGUGAUCGAGCGACUAUUUUCGUUAAUUCGUGUUAAUUUUUCUCAUAUUUCUCUUUUCCUCGCAUAAUCGGAUACACGCAUAACUACUCGAUAACAGCUUUUUGCAACUGUGAAUGGAAUUAACACUUUAUUUCCGUUAGGGUUUUCCUCUUUCUUUUCACGUCCUUCAGGGUUAUCAGUAUUCAGACAUUCGAAUAUACAAGUAACGAACAAAUAAUUUUCAUUCUCGUCACGUAGUACUAUUUAAAGGAAAAAUGAACGACUGACUGUCUAUUUAUUAAAAAAGAAAAUUACUGCAAUAAAAAAAAAAAAAUAA